CAACGCCGAAAACUUAAAAGGAGACGAAAUGAUCAUUUUGAUGGCGUAUGGCGCCUGAGCACAAAGCUCCAAUUCGCGGGACAGCCGAGCCAAUCAGCACCUGCAGCUUGCCAAUUUUGAUGCUACAUCCAAAUAGGAAAUCCAUAACUCCGCCUUGACCUCUACCCACUUUACGUGUCGCAAAAGGCCCUCACGAGCGAAAAUGGUAGCCUUUCUAGCCUCUCGAACAUGCCGACGUUGGAGACAAAGACAUGUCUUCGCAGCCGAAUUGUUUUGCGACAUUAAGCAGUCAGUCAAGGAGACAACCUCGGCGCAGUAAGGGAUGCUUGACGUGCCGAAAACGCAGGGUCAAGUGCGGUAUGUCGUUAUCGCGCAGGGAUUCUGUUCACGGCUGAUGACCAUAGAUGAACAACGACCAACCUGCCAGAGGUGCAAUAAAGGCUUUCAUCCAUGCAAGUAUGAUGACAGUCUUGUGUUUGUAAAUCACUUGCAUGAUGCUGCAAAAACUGUCCGAUCUCACGAUGCUAAGCUUCAGUCUCCCAAUGCCUUGACCCAACGGGAGGACUUCAAGCAAAUGCCUGCCUCGAUCGACUUGCAUGGCUUCAAAAAUGAAGUAGUCAUAUCAUUCUUCGUCAAAAACCUAUUUGUCUUGAUCAAGUCACCCCUCGGAGACGGAUCGCCAAUCCUCAACAUCUUCUCUGGCGAGGCAGACUCAACAGCAGGCAUGUCAGGUUUAUGCGUUGCAGAAGCCUUCUUCUCAACUAUGCACUGCAUACCUGAAAUGAAGUUCCAUGCUUCUGCGCUGUAUGGAAGAGCUGUCCAAAAGCUGAAGACCGAUCUUGGAACCAAGACUGAAACCUCGAGGUCUCUCCCUCAUGCCACCAUAUGGAGUGCGCUAUUCCUUGGUAUAUAUGAGAUGAUAUCUUCUGAUUCCAUGUUGAACUGGCUACAGCAUUGCCAUGGCGUUGCAGCACUGACGGAGAUGACAGGGCCUUAUGGAUUUCAAAUGGAUGCGGCAAAGACCAUUCUGCAGAUCAACAGAUCAUUCAUAUCUAUCGGCGCUAUGGCCAACCGAAAACGCACCUUUUUGGAACAGGAUGAGUGGAAGCAUAUACCAUGGGCAUUGCAACCCAUGUCCAAGACGAUUGGGGAUUACCUACAAGACAUUCUAUGCGACAUCCCUGGCAUGAUGGAAGACGUCGAUCAUAUCUUCAGUACGAACGAUUGCCAGGUGUCUGCAAAUUUCACAAGUCGAAAGCUGCAGGCUUCUUUUGAGCAACUCAACUCUUUACGAAUCUCAUGGAGCUUCAUGCAUCCUCAUAGUUGCUGGAGACAGAAGAUUGUGCGCGAAUCCUCAGAAAUAUACCAUGGCACACUGGAGCAAGUACUGUGGUUCUCUGACCUCGAAAGAGCUGUCGAAUUUGUCUACUUCAACACAACUCACUUGAUACUGCAUUCAAUAUUCAGGCAGUUAAUGUCAUUGCCGGACACCUGUUGCGUCUUCGAUGCUGGUAUAUCUCCCGACGUAAUCUACUUCCAAGAGCCAUCGGAGCUUAUGUUCUGGAAUCAUGAGAAUCGGUACCGGAACGCACAGGCGAUAUGCCAAUGCGUUGAUUAUAUGUUGCAGAACGAAGGCGAUGCAUCGGGAGCCUUCAAUCUGCUGUUCCCACUAAAAGUUGCUUAUAAUCACCUCAGCGGUUUUCCAAUCAUGCAAAAAUGGGUUGCGGGAGUUAUGGAAAAGAUAUCUACUACGAAAGGACUAUUCAUCGGGGCGCAAAUCCUAGAGAAAUAUUGAGAGCUGCUUUUCUUGGCCUCAGCUCUAAGCUUCACCAGCGUUUGCCAUCAGCGCACCGGUUGGCGCUAGCAGUAGGCGAUGCUGGGAGCUGUUCAGUGAAGUCAAUUGAGCAUUCUUCCAACGAAACAUGAUGAUAGUGACUCACCGAUCGGUUGUGCCGGCGGUUCCGGAUCAUCAUAAGAAAACGGGACUAUCAGCUUCCGUGCCGGGGCCGGAUCGCGAGGUGCUGUCUAGCGUGGCUCCGCCGAAGCUGACGGAUCGUCAGCUCGGACUACUCUUUCGGGAACUGGAGCGCGAGGUGAAGUGUUAGUCCAGCUUAAACAUGGCACUGGCACUGAUUAAAGAUAUUAUUGAAUUACGAGGGUAGUUGCAGUAAGAUUAUUAUAAAAAGUGCCUUCUUGCAGUCUCAAUCAAGUCUAUCAAAUCACCAAAGUCUUCUCUUUCAUUGCCA